AUGGUGCUGGGGGAUGGGGUGAAGCACGUCGGCUCCAUGGGGGGUCCCCAGGGCCUGCUGUCCACCCUUAAGCUCACCUGUGGGGAGUGGAGGUUCCACCUGUCCCACAAGGUCACCAGCGUGGUUCCCGAGAGCGCCCUGCUCAUCGUGCUGGGCCUGGUGCUGGGCGGCAUCGUCUGGGCGGCCGACCACAUCGCGUCCUUCACACUGACGCCCACCGUCUUCUUCUUCUACCUGCUGCCCCCCAUCGUGCUGGACGCCGGCUACUUCAUGCCCAACCGACUCUUCUUUGGCAACCUGGGCACCAUCCUGCUGUACGCCGUCGUGGGCACCGUGUGGAACGCGGCCACCACCGGCCUGUCCCUCUAUGGCGUGUUCCUCAGCGGGCUCAUGGGCGACCUGAAGAUCGGGCUGCUGGACUUCCUCCUCUUUGGCAGCCUCAUCGCUGCUGUGGACCCGGUGGCCGUCCUGGCUGUGUUUGAGGAGGUCCACGUCAACGAGGUCCUGUUCAUCAUCGUCUUCGGGGAGUCGCUGCUGAAUGACGCAGUCACCGUGGUCCUGUACAAUGUGUUUGAAUCUUUCGUGGCGCUGGGAGGUGACAAUGUGACUGGCGUGGACUGCGUGAAAGGCAUAGUGUCCUUCUUCGUGGUGAGCCUGGGGGGCACGCUGGUGGGGGUGGUCUUCGCCUUCCUGCUGUCGCUGGUGACGCGCUUCACCAAGCACGUGCGCAUCAUCGAACCCGGCUUUGUGUUCGUCAUCUCCUACCUGUCCUACCUGACGUCCGAGAUGCUGUCGCUGUCGGCCAUCCUUGCCAUCACCUUCUGUGGCAUCUGCUGUCAGAAGUAUGUGAAGGCCAACAUCUCGGAGCAGUCGGCCACCACCGUGCGCUACACCAUGAAGAUGCUGGCCAGCGGCGCUGAGACCAUCAUCUUCAUGUUCCUGGGUAUCUCGGCCGUGAACCCAUUCAUCUGGACCUGGAAUACGGCCUUCGUGCUCCUGACGCUGGUCUUCAUCUCCGUGUACCGGGCCAUCGGUGUGGUCCUGCAGACCUGGCUCCUCAACCGCUACCGAAUGGUGCAGCUGGAGCCCAUUGACCAGGUGGUCCUGUCCUAUGGGGGUCUGCGUGGGGCCGUGGCCUUUGCCCUGGUGGUGCUUCUGGAUGGAGAGAAGGUCAAGGAGAAGAACCUGUUUGUCAGCACUACCAUCAUCGUAGUGUUCUUCACUGUCAUCUUCCAGGGCCUGACCAUCAAGCCCCUGGUGCAGUGGCUGAAGGUGAAGAGGAGUGAGCACCGGGAACCCCGGCUCAACGAGAAGCUGCAUGGCCGCGCUUUCGACCACAUCCUCUCGGCCAUCGAGGACAUAUCGGGACAGAUAGGGCACAAUUAUCUCAGAGACAAGUAAGUGACUGGGACUGCCCUGGCUGUGCCACACAGCCCGG